AUGUUCACUUUAUCUAUCUAUCUAUCUAUCUAUCUAUCUAUCUAUCUAUCUAUCUAUCUAUCUUGCAAAAAAUCAGAUAAUUGUCCGAUGAUGGAAGAGAUAGAGACAAAUUCACCGGAAACCCCCACAUCGGAAAUGGAAUCACUUGAUGUGGAUAACGCCCUACAGAUUCCUGAUGGGGGUUGGGGUUGGGUCGUUUGCUUCGCCGGAUUUAUGGUAAAUUUUACUACUUCGGGAAUGAUUUUCACGAGUGGAAGUCUCCUCCUCGCACUGCUGGACCUUUAUGGUGACACUGUAUUAAAAACAGCCAUAGUCGGUUCUAUGUUCCUGGGAGUAAUAUAUUGUGUUGGUCCAUUUGUGCUGCUUCUAAGGGUGUUUAAUGCAAGCCAUCGCCAAGUUCUCAUCUUUGGAGGACUUGUUUCGACUAUUUCAACAAUGGCAAGCUUUUUCGUUGAGAAGGUCGAAGUUCUUUAUCUUACGUAUGGAAUUCUCUCAGGUGUUUUCGUUGGUAUAUCAUAUUUUUCCUGCAAUAUUAUCAUUGGAUAUUAUUUUAAAAAGAAACUAACUUUGGCUGUAGGAAUCGCUCAAAGUGGGUCUGGAGUUGGCACAUGUCUCCUUGGUUAUAUAUUAGAACGAAGCAUUUCCUUUUAUGGUAUGAGGGGAACAUUUUUAUUAAUAAGCGGAUUGUUUCUCAACUUUCUUGUCUAUGGCGCCUUAUGUCGGCUGUUUAAAACCAUCAACACGAAGAAGAAGAAGAAGAAGAAGAAGAAGAAGAAGAAGAAAAUAAAACAAACAGAACUGGUAUCUGUGGAAAGGAUUCAUGCGGAAAGGAAUUUCAGAUUCGAGCCAGACGAAAAUAGGAUUGAAAAUUCAAAAGAUAUUAACACAAACAAUUUUGAACGUCCUGGACAUUCUGAAAACAGUUCUCCAGCAAAUAUGACGAGCAAUUUUUCAAGGAUAUGCACUUACCUCCGAAAAACCGUAUUUGAUCCAGAUAUUAUGAAGAAUCCUGGCAUGCUAUUGCUUCUCGCCAUUUAUCAUUUUUGGGCGGUAUCUGUAAGUGUUUUGAUCUAUCUUCCGGCAAAAGCUGUGAAUGCUGGACUCAACCGCGAACAAGGUUCCUUGCUAAUCUCAAUUUUCGGUGCUUUUUUUGCGUUAUCUUCUGAUAUUUGCCUUGCUUGGCAUGUCCACCACAUCAUUUGCCUUUACAUUCUGUCACUCAUUCAAUCUGUUCGUCCUUUGCACAUCCCUUUUCGCCAUUUUCCACGGAUUUAUUUUUACUCUUUGAAUCGUGCUUGUGGCUUCUAUUCUUGGAGUGGAGAACUUCGAUAA